CAAUUACUCAAUUGCUUCACCCAUCUCACAAAUAACCUUCAUUAAUAAUUUCCCAAUCUCUCUCUCUCUCUCUCCUGUCUUCAUCUUCAACCUCCAAAACCACCAUAGCUUCAACCCUCCAAAACUCCCUCAUUAACUCCAAAAUUAACACUCACAACAACCAAACAACCCCAAAUCACAACACCCACAACUCCAAUUUCACUUCCACCAACUCAAAUGGGUUGCUCUGCUUCUCGCUCAUCCCCACCAUUAUUCACCACCACCAUCACAACCACCGCCACCACCACCACCGUUGACCAUCAAAACCCACCACCCAAAUCCUCCGAUUCUUCACCCUCACCACUCAAUUUCAGCCCCACCUUCUCAGAUCACCAUUACACCACCUCUAACUCCUCCAAUUCAACACGCACCCCUGUUUCUCGAACCAUGUCUCUACCCACCCCUUUAAUCCACCACCCACCCCAUUUUAACGGCGACUCCAACCACUUCGUUUCCCUCACCUCCACCACCUACGGCUCCCUCUCCGCCGUUGACGCCGCCACCGACAAUUUCAAAACCCUAGAUCAAUCCCCUGUUUCCCCUGUUUUGUCUCCGGACUCUGUUAUCAACACGUGGGAGCUUAUGGAAGGUUUAGAUGAAGAGUUUGACAUUAUUAAUGUCGAACAUAAAACACAUUUGAAGAAAGAUAUAGAUACAGAUACAGAAAAAGAUAAGCCAUAUGUAUCAUUCGGCUUGGGUGGUCCGUACGAAUUGGUUGAGUAUUCAGAGGUUAAACCUAAACCCUUGUGGAAGCAUUUAUCUGAGGAGUCCUUGUUAUCGAAAAUGGAUGAUAAUUUAAUAUCCAGUUACAACAAAGCACUUUCGUCUAAGCGGUUAGGCGAACAUAAGUCGAGUUUAGGCUGUUUGGCAACUCACUCUGUUUCGGAAUCCCCUGUUUCGAAAGAUUUUGAAGAGUUAAAGAAUUCGAAAGGGGUUUGUUGUUUACCGGGUUGUGAAGAUCGAGUCGUGUUGUAUUACACGAGUUUGAGAGGGAUUAGGAAAACGUACGAAGAUUGUUGCGAAAUUCGGUUGAUUAUGAAAGGGUUUCGGGUGUUUGUGGAUGAAAGGGAUAUAUCGAUGGAUUCGAGUUAUAGAAAGGAGCUGCAGGGUGUGUUUGAGGGGAAAGGGUUUAGUUUGCCGCAAUUGUUUGUUAGUGGGGAGCGUAUUGGUGGUGCGGAUGAGAUCAAACGGCUUCAUGAAGAGGGGAAGUUGUUUGAUUUGAUGAAAGGGUUUCCGGUGAUGGAUCCGGGGUUUGUUUGUGGGAAUUGUGGGGAUGUGAGAUUUGUUCCGUGCAUGAAUUGUAGUGGGAGUAGGAAGGUGUUUGAGGAGGAUGAAGGGAGAGCGGUACGGUGUCCGGAUUGCAAUGAGAAUGGGUUGAUCAGGUGUGUUGCUUGUUGUUCUUGAUUGGUUUUAUGGGUAUGAUUACAAUGUACAUAUUUGAUUUUAGUAUACUGAUUGUUUAAGAUUAUGAUAUGAUUAUGAUGGUAGCACUAUUGGUGCUAUUGGUGUUUUAAGUUGUUGAAACUUGUUGAUGUUCAAGUAAUAAGAAGAUUAUGUUUAUGACCA